UACUGUGCCUCUUGUAGCUCAGCUUCAGAACCAGAGUGAGCUGUACAGCCCGUUCCUCAAGGAGUCCCUGGAUGAACCACCAGCUCCUGAACGGCCUUUUGACUAUGACCGACUUCUGUACUUGGACUGCUUUUCAUCCAUUCUCUUGUGCUGUUGUCUGUCGGGCCUGUGGAGUCUUCUGCCAUGUUCAUCGAAGCGAAGCUGCAUGUUGCCUGUCCGUUAGAAUACAUGGAUUAUUGCUUUGAUGGGAUCUGUUACUACAGUCCAGAAAAUGAGCCGUCUUGCCUAUGUAAGUGGGGAUUCACUGGACCGAGGUGUCAGCAUAGAGAGUUGGACUCGUUCCCCGAGCCUGAGGAGUCUUCUGUCAUGCCCAUCACAGUAAACAGCAACAAAGAGAAGGAGAAUGUUGCCUGUUCGUCAGAAUAUCAAAAUUUUUGCAUUCAUGGGAUUUGUCAGUACUCAGCGGAACUAAAUCACGCAGUUUGCAUAUGUAAACCGGAAUACUCAGGCGAGAGGCGCAGCACACCUGUUUUGCCUGAUGUUCAACGAUUAUCUGUUGAUAAAGAAGAGAAAAGCUUACCUAUCAAUAAGGAAGCGGAAGGCUACAACCAGAACACAGUUCCGUUUUCCGUCGGGCCUGGGGAGUCUUCUGCCAUGUCCGUCACAGAGAACAGCAUAAGAGAUGAAGGGAAGCUACCUACUGCUUGUUCAUCGAAAUACAGGGAUUACUGCAUUCAUGGAACUUGUUAUUACAUCGUGGAUCUAAAUGAGCCAUCUUGCCUAUGUAAGUGGGGAUUCACUGGACCGAGGUGUGCGCUUAGAGAGUUGGACUCGUUCCCCGAGCCUGAGGAGUCUUCUGUCACUCCCAUCACAGAAAACAGCAAGAAAGACAAAGAGAAGGGGAAUGUUGCCUGUUCGUCAGAAUAUCAAAAUUUUUGCAUUCAUGGGAUUUGUCAGUACUCAACGGAACUAAAUCACGCAGUUUGCAUAUGUAAACCAGAAUACUCAGGCGAGAAGCACAGCACACCUGUUUUGCCUGAUGGUCAACGAUCACCCAUUGAUAAAGAAGAGGAAAGCUUGGCCAUCGAAAAGGAAGAGAAAAGCUUACCUGUCAAUAAGGAAGCGGAAGGCUACAACCAGAACACUGGUCUGUACUUGAUGUGCCUCUCCACCACUGACACCAAAUAAACCUCUCUGGAUGUGUAUGCAGAUAUAUUUAAAUCUUAUUCAUGGAAGCAAGCAGAUAUAUAUUAUAUUCAAAAGAAAUUAUGUUUUACGUUUUCCUCGCUUGGAACCGGAUAUCUGCUGUGUCAGACAAUGCUUUGGAUCUCGGAGGAUUAUUGUUCCUUAAAAAGGCUGUUGUGGUUGAUCCCAUUUGUGAUCUUCUGUUUUUGUGCUUUAGGGUAUCAUCAAAUUAUGAAUGGGUAUUUUCUGUGCAGCUCCAAGUGUUUAUCCUUUUAAAUUUAGUUCAGUUGUGCUAAAUUACUUAACAUCCAGCAAUUUACCUGUAUGCUUUGAAAAAAAAUGUUAUGAAUGUUGCU